AUGAAGCCGAACAGGACGAAGAGAGCUGUAAAACAGAUAGUGACAACGAGAAAAGGAAAAAUACUGAAGCUUCACCUGGAGGGGAAGGACGAUAGCAUGUACGUAAAAGGAAAACUGCUUCCCGCGUUGAAGGAGGAUGAAGCUCCUUACUUAUGUUCACGACCAGGUAAAUUGAAGUCGUCCGAAGAGGGCGAGGAGGGAAAAGAGAAGAAAGGAGAAGAGACAACGCAUCCUACAGCGCCACAAGAAAAAACCGCUCCACCAACGAAACAUGAACAAACCCAUCCGCCAACAAAACAAGCGACCACAGGUUCAACGAGAGAAACACCUGGUAAUCGCCCUGUGGGGAACAACAAGGACAACAACCGAAGAGACCAAAGCUCCUGA